UUCAAUGACAGCUGACAGCAUUUCCUGGACCUGGGUACCUGGUGUUCAUGGUUCUCAUCAAAAUGUAUAAUAUAAAAAAAUAUGUUUCAGGUUAUGCAAUUGAUGUUGCUGGUAGUGAUGGUACAUUGUCAGAUGUUCUAACUGGUCUUAUGAGAAAAUACAAUGGAAAUUCAGCAUAUUCAAAACAAUUUCCAAUUGGAAUUUUACCACUUGGUGAAACAAAUAGAACAGCAAAUCAUUUAUUUAAUAAAAAAUAUGAUAAUUUAUUACUAGUUCAUCAAUUAGCUGAUGCAACAAUUGCUACAAUGAAAGGAUCAACUAAAUAUAUUGAUGUUGUUGAGCUUGAAUCACUUGAGAAUCCAGAUCCAGAAAAUCCAAUAAAACCUAUAUAUGCAGUUGGACAAAUUGAAUGGGGUGCUUGGGGAGAUGCAAAUGCUCAAAAAGAUAAAUACUGGUAUUUAAGAUCACUUCGAAGAUAUGCAUCAUUUGUAUUUUGUAGAUUGAAAAAUAAUUUAAAUUGGCGUAUUGAUGGUACACUUAAAUAUACUGAUCCAUGUAGUGGAUGUUCUCGUUGUUAUCAAGAUAAUAGAAAUCUACAAAAUAUAACAUCUUCUGUAAAAGAAGGCUGGAGACGAAUAAAAGGUGAAUAAUUGACGUAUACUUUUUGUUACUUUUUGUUGUCCAAUUAAACAUGUAUAUUUCUAAAUACAUUGGAAUUGGAGUUUUUUUCCAAAUCGAAAAACUUGUUGACGAUU